AUCCUAAUGGGUUUCAGAAUUUGAGCAGCGACCUUCGUAAACGCAUACAGUGGAAGUAGCUCACCUGUCCGUAAAUUUGUUGGAUUAACGUUGUUGUGUGAUAUUAUUUAAACAAAAGUGAAUUUAAAAUGUGCGUAAAGAACGGCUAAACUUUGAUGCGCCAGAGUUCAGCGCCGUAGGUGCAGCAGAAGCGCGGGUUAGCAGGUGGUUAGCAAAGCGAGGCUAGCAGGCCGCGGAGCCUCGGGGUUUCCUGGCCGAGUUGACCCGGAUUGAGAAGUAGCGCCGUGGACACCGCUUUCUGACAGUCCGUUUGAGGAAUUCUGCAGGUUACCAUGUCAGCCGACAGCGAGACCAGCACCUGGACUGCGGAUGAUGACAACAAACUGGUGAGGCCAAAGGUCGAAUUCUGCUCUUUGUUGCAGCAUGCUGGAGCCACUAAAGAUGUUUUCACCAUGAAAGAGGUGAUGUUCUACCUGGGUCAGUACAUCAUCCAGAAGCAGCUGUACGACCAGAAGCAGCAGCACAUCGUUCACUGCGCCCAGGAUGCGCUGGGCCGGGUGCUGGGAGUUGACAGCUUCUCUGUGAAAGAGCCACAGGUUCUAUUUGCAAUGAUCACCAAGAACCUGGUGGCUGUCAGGAGCCAAGAAUCGACAAGUUUGAGUGAGCCGCACCGCCUCGGCCCGAUGGACAGAGGGACAGAGGGGGCAGAGACAGAGGGUCGCUCUUCAUCGCCUGACAGGAGGAGGAGAAGGAGGAGGAGGAGGUGGAGCUGCAGGAGCAAUGAGCCAGGUCCCUCCCACAGCACAGAGAAUGGCAAUGAUGAGGAAGAGGAAGAAGAGGAUGAGGACGAUAGGAAAAGGAGGCGGUCUGACAGCUACUCGCUGACGUUCGACGACAGCCUGUCCUGGUGUGUGAUUGGAGGACUUGGAAGCGGGCGGGACAGAUGCAGCAGCCAAUCAUCUGACUCCCACAGCACGUCUGAGAGGUCAGAGGUCACGCUCGCAGCGUCUGACUCUGACAGCGACAACUUCAGUGUUGAAUUUGAAGUGGAGUCCAUAGAUUCUGGUGAUUAUAAUGAAGAUGACGCCUCCCUGUCUGCUGAUGAUGAGGUAUACGAGGUCACCAUCUUCGAGGCGGAUGAUGAUGACUCCUUUGAUGAAGACACAGAGAUUACUGAAGCUGAUUACUGGCGCUGUGCGAAGUGCGACGAGUUGAACCCUCCUCUGCCCAGAAAUUGUCUCCGCUGCUGGGCUCUGCGCCAGGAUUGGCUGCCUGAAGUGUCCGUCAACUGCGCCUCUUCCAGUCCUAAAGCCCUGCCCACAAAGCCAGCCAACCAAUCAGCUGCCAAAGAAGCUCCAGGUUCUGACGUGGAGGAGAACGGACUUGAUGUUCCAGAUGGAAAAAGAUUAAAAACUCCUCCAACUCUGCACUUGCAGUGUGCACCCGACUCUGCCUCCUCUGCACCAAACUCCCAGGAUCUCCUCUCCUCCCAGCCUUCCUCCUCCUGCUCGCAGGAGAAGCUCUGGACUCCUGAUUCCCAGCCCUCCUCCUCCUCAUACUCAUCCUCUGUGGAUUCUCAGGAGCUUCUCCCAUCUUCACCAGCUGCAGCUGCAGCUCCAGCUGCUGCUCCUCCUCCUACCACGCUAGUCCCGGAUCUGGAGCGCAGCGUGUCAGCAGAGUGGCGGCUGCCGGACUCUUGCCUGGACCCGUGUCUCAUCUGCCAAUCCCGGCCGAAGAACGGCUGCAUCGUACACGGACGGACCGGACAUCUUAUGUCCUGCUACGUUUGUGCCAGGAAGCUCAAGAGGAGGAACAAGCUGUGUCCGGUGUGCAGGCUGCCCAUCCAGUCCGUCGUCCUCACCUACCUCAGCUGAGACUUCCCCCUCUCCCCUCACAGCCCCAUUCAGGACUUCAGAAUAACUGCAGAUUUGCUUUGAUUAAAUCCCCUGAAAAAACAGUUUCCGUUCUCAGGCACAUGUGGGCACUUUGUUCAAAACUGAUAAAAAGUGAUUAAAAAGAAAUGAAUAAAAUCUGUUAUUUGACCCGUUUCUCAGUCCUUUGACCCCUGGAUUAUACAGGUCACGAGUCAGUCCGGUAACGCCCAGCUUCACGUCACACCGGGGAUUUUUUUUGUUUUUAUGUUUGAUGUCGUUUCUCAUCUUUUGCUUUCUGUAUUUUCCUGCAGCUUACAUUGAAACACCAUCAUUAUGGAAAAUGAACGAGCUGAAGCCGUCAGAGCUUCCUAUGAAGCACAUCUGAGGUUUUAGUUGCUGUUUUUUUCUUUUCCUGCUGCAUUUUAAAGAUGCUUUUUAUUUAAAAGUCAUUUAAAACCUUCCAAAAUGAGUGAAAUCUGUCAAGGGCAGAUUGAGAAACACAGCUAUGGCUUUAUGCUAAAACAGCUGCGUAUGCUGUUGGAGAGAUGUCACCGUAAACUACGGCUUCAUAUAAUACUUUUUACAUCACAUGACGGUGCAGUGAGUUCAUGUAAACAUGGUCGUUACUGUAAGAAAGUAUUCUCAGUACACUCAGGACAAACCAGUACAAAUCUGAAGACAGGUGGUGCCCCCUGGUGGUGAACCUUAAAUUCUACAGAGGCUGACUCCAAAAAGAAUAAGAAGAAUAAGAAUUUUAUUUAUUUAUUUUUUUUAACCAACGAAGAUGGAGCUGAAAUUUGAGACGUUAUAACUUGAAUGUUUUUCACAUCUCCCCAGCAAGCUUUUAGAAAUGUGGAUUAUUUUGUAAAACAGGAUUUUUAAAUUUUUUUUUGAGUGUUUUUAAUCCACGUUUUGUGUUUUCUAGUGUGGACAGCAGUGGCGUUGAGUGGCACAGAGAAAUGUAUAAGUGAUAUUUUAAGAUGCAAAUCUCAGAACCGUCAGCCAUAUUUUGUAUAUCGUUCUCAUUUAUUUAAAUUUCAAACCAUUUUAAAUAAUAUAAAUAUGACUGCACAGACCGACAUGGUUUGGAGGGUGUUUGACUUUUUGAACUGCAGAAUGUUUCUGAGACCAGAUUUUGCUUAUGUUCAACUCAUGCACAGUGCUUAACAAAUUUACCCUAAAUUAACAGUAAUUACCAAAAUAUAUAGAAUUUUUAAUUUUCUGUAAUGGUUACUCCACAGUUAUAUUCUAAUGCUAAAAUAUAAUUGUUAUCAUGAACUUUCAAAUUUGGUGUUUUACAAAAACCCUGGCAAACAUUGUAAAACUCAUUAUGUUUUGAUUGAGAAUCCACAUUACAGUUAUUCACGUGCAUUCCUGAACGGAGGAAAUAGUUUUUGUUUUUCAAUUUUUUAAAUUUUUUUAGAGGAUUUAAAAUUUUUUGGGGAUUUUGUUUUAAUGGUCUGAUCAGUUUCUGACAGCUCACAUUUGGGGAGAAAAACAUGAAUUUAGUUGUCUGAAAAAUAUCAAGGUCAUUUUUAGCUUUUAACAAGUUUCUGAGAGAUUUCUAAAAUAUUAAUGUUUUAUUGUUUCUAUGACCGGUGGUCUAAUAAACGGAAGCACUGUAUGUCAGAUUUGCGCUUUUUUUUUUU